CCUCACAAACUAAGCUGCCCUCGCUUCCCAGUCGCUUGUGGCGGGCUGUAACGAUUCAUACGCCCGACUUUGGAGGCCCUGACGCCCGGCAGCCGCCUCCUGGGUGCCCUGCUAUGCAAGCAUUGCGUCUUGUUUGGGCUUGAAGGCUGAGCCGAGGGAUGGGAGACCACCAGGAGAUCCCAGAACAGCCUUCUAUUUAAAAAAAAAAAAGAUGGCGGGUGCAGUAGAAAGCAACGCCAACCACCUCCAUGCCGUUACCGGAAAAACCUGGCCUUGAAGUGCCAGCCUUUUGGACAUUGUCACACGGUGGAGAAACAGAAUGGGAAAAUCGACCAAGCGAACAAAAGUGAAGAAGUCACCAGUAAAACCCAGACAGCAUUUUUUUUUUGCUACAGAUACGAGUAAGCUGGUGAAAUACUUCAGCCGCCAGCUCUCCUGCAAAAGGAAGGUGUCUCUGCAGGAGCGAAAUGCCAAGCUGGAGGGCUUCCCACAGCUCUGGCACUGGUUCCGCAUCGUCAACAUCCGCAAGGAGGUCAUGGAGGAAAUCGCCUCUGGGCAACUGAGUCUGGAAGACCUUUUGGAGAUGACAGACGAGCAGGUCUGCAAGACGGUGGAGAAAUUUGGGGCUAACUGGGAAGAAUGCGCCCGACUCAACGCCUCGCUCUCCUGCCUCCGGAACGUGUACAAGUCAGGAGGUAGUCUUUCUAAACAAGACUGGACCAUCCAGUGGCCAGCCCCGUCCGAGACCAGCAGCAGAGAAAACAGCAUCAUGUGCCAAUCCGAAUCCAUGCAGUGGAUCCGAACUCACCUCUCUCUGAGUCCCAAGCCCAGGUCCAAGGGCGUUCCACACUACUGCCACCCCACGUUGUCCCACGAGCUUGUCUACACGCACACGGACAGGCUAACCGUGGAGGGUUUUCCCGGACUCUGCCCUCCGCUGGAGUCUGGCCACCGCUCCUUGCCCCCUUCCCCACGCCAGCGGCAUGCAGCCCACACCCCGCCCUCCACCCCGAAUAUAAUCGCCACCAUCACCGCUCCGGGGACGCCGCCAGUCAGGCGGAGGAACAAAGUGAGACCCCCGGGCACGCCGCCUCCUUCGUCUCGGAAACUGAUCCACCUCUUCCCGGGCUUCACCGUCUUGCACCGGAGCAAGUCUCACGAGUUCCAGCUGGGCAAUCGGGUGGAUGAGUCUCACACCCCCAAGGUCAAGAAGAAGGACAAGCCCCUGAACCUCAAGAUUUACAACAGUGUGGGGAGCUGUGAGAACAUCCCUGCUCAGCGCUCUCCUCUCCUGUCUGAACGAUCCUUGCGGUCCUUUUUCGUCGGACACCCUCCCUUCCUCCCUUCCACUCCGCCGGUCCAUACGGAUGGCACGUUCUCCACAAAUACGCUCUCAGUACCUCGCUGGUCCCCCCAAAUUCCUCGACGGGAUCUUGGAAACUCAAUCAAACACAGGUUUUCUACAAAGUAUUGGAUGUCCCAGACGUGCACUGUCUGCGGGAAAGGAAUGUUGUUUGGGCUGAAAUGUAAAAACUGCAAGCUAAAGUGCCACAACAGAUGUACCAAAGAGGCCCCACCUUGUCACCUGCUGAUCAUCCACCGUGGAGAUUCAGCAAGAUUAGUCCGGACAGAAUCCGUGCCGUGUGACAUCAACAAUCCGCUGCGGAAACCCCCCAGAUAUUCAGAUCUGCCCAUCAGCCAGACGCUCCCCAAAACCAACAAAAUCAACAAGGAUCACAUUCCAGUGCCCUACCAGCCUGAUUCCAGCAGCAAUCCCUCCUCCACCACGUCGUCCACUCCUUCUUCACCAGCUCCUCCCCUGCCACCCAGCGCCACGUCACCUUCGCCCUUGCACCCCUCCCCGCAGUGCACGCGGCAACAAAAACAGUUCAAUUUGCCAGCUUCUCACUAUUACACGUACAAGCAGCAAUUCAUUUUUCCAGAUGUUGUGCCUGAGCUGCCCACCCGACCACCUCAAGUUGUCCUCCAUCCCGUGAAUUCAGACCCAAUCCGAGAAGGGAAUCCAGUACUUCAAAUUGAAGUGGAGCCAACCUCUGAGACCGAGCAGGGAAACGAUGAGGAAUCCGAGGACGACUUUGAGGAGAUGAAUCUCUCCCUCCUCUCAGCUCGCAACUUCCCCCGGAAAGCCAGCCAGACCAGCAUCUUUCUGCAGGAGUGGGACAUUCCCUUCGAGCAGCUGGAGAUCGGAGAGCUGAUCGGCAAAGGCCGCUUCGGGCAGGUGUUCCACGGCCGCUGGCACGGUGAGAUAGCCAUCCGCCUCAUCGACAUUGAGCGGGACAACGAGGACCAGCUGAAGGCCUUCAAGCGGGAAGUGAUGGCUUACCGGCAGACGCGGCAUGAGAACGUGGUGCUGUUCAUGGGGGCCUGCAUGAGCCCUCCCCACCUGGCCAUCAUCACUAGCUUGUGCAAAGGACGAACCCUCUAUUCGGUGGUGAGAGAUGUCAAAAUGGUCCUGGAUGUCAACAAAACACGACACAUUGCUCAGGAGAUUGUCAAGGGAAUGGGCUACCUGCACGCGAAGGGGAUCCUCCAUAAAGAUCUCAAAUCUAAAAAUAUAUUCUACGACAACGGGAAAGUGGUGAUCACAGAUUUCGGCCUCUUCAGUAUAUCUGGAGUUCUGCAAGCAGGCAGGAGAGAGAACAAACUGCGGAUCCAAAAUGGCUGGCUGUGCCACUUGGCACCCGAGAUCAUCCACCAGCUGUCGCCUGAAACGGAAGAAGACAAGCUACCUUUCUCCAAGCAUUCAGACGUCUUUGCUUUUGGAACCGUCUGGUACGAACUGUACGCCCGGGAGUGGCCAUUCAAAAGCCAACCAGCCGAGGCAAUAAUUUGGCAAGUGGGCCGAGGGAUGAAGCCGAACCUCAGCCAGAUCGGCAUGGGGAAGGAGAUCUCAGACAUCCUCCUCUUCUGCUGGGCCUACGAGCAGGAGGAGCGGCCCACGUUCACCAAACUCAUGGAGAUGCUGGAGAAACUGCCAAAGCGGAAUCGCCGCCUGUCCCACCCCGGCCACUUCUGGAAGUCAGCAGAGCUGUGAAUCAGAGGACUGGUGCCUUUCUUACACCCUUCUUCCUUCCCCCUUCUCCAAUUCCUCUGUCCUUCUCCAUAGACUGGAAGGGUAUGGCCAACUUGGAAAUGUUCCGGGAUCAAAGAAGUGCUUUCUCUACCUGCCCCUUUAGAACAACAGACCUGAGGUCUGGACAGCAAGAGCAAACUCAAGCUCGCUCUCGGGGGAGACGAAUGGGAAUGUUCCUUGGUGUGGAUGGAAUGUAGGACGGAGAACAUGAAGCAGGCCAAAGGCUGAGUGGUAGCCCACUUGCUACCGGUCUGGAAACACCUGACAGCAACCAGCCCUGAGAUAUGUCCCCAGUGGAAUAUCUGAGAGCAACUGUGAGCUACCUUUAGAAGCCAUUUUGCAUUAGUUGAUGAUGAUAUUUCUCUCUCUCUCUCUCUCUCUCUCUUUUUGUAUGAUUUUCUUUGGUUGUUUUUUCUGGACUCGCUAUUUCAUUGCCUGCACUGUGGAGAAAGGAGAAGGGUGUUUCAGCAGCCCCAGCACGAGCAAGGAGGGUGAACUUUAGGAGGACACCCUGGAGGCGCUCUUAAAAUGGGUCAGAUCGUCCCAAGGGUGCUUUUUCAAAAGGCAACUGGACUUCCUUGGUGUUUUUUUUUCUUGUUUUGAUCAGAACUAAAGAAGCUUCUUGGAUGAGAAGUAAGAUGUCUUCAAAGAAACAAAAACAAAAAAAAAACCCCAAGGAAAUCCUUUUGUAAAAGCAUCUUUGGGACCACCAUGAUCUGGUGACUGGGAAUCUCCAUAGACCAUGGGUUAGAUCCCUCCUCACGGCAUGGCUGUUCAUGAAACAGUCAACCAGGCAGGGCCAAGAAGGAAAUCUGAAGACUAUCCAGGGAGAGCUUCAUCUUGAGUAACCUUCACGCAGUUUAGAGUUUCCUCCAACUUUCCUUCUGAGUUCAACUGGCAACUCUCACUAGGGUGGGGCUGAAUUUCUCGAUACGGAUUUGAGAUUUGACAUCAAAGGUUAACCUGCUGUGAACAGCUGCCAGUUCUUGGCUUUCAGGUGAUCUUGUUCUUUUGCUGCCUGGUGCUUUUAUUUUAUUUUUAUUUUUGUUAAUUGGUUGCUGGCAUUGUUUACCAUCUCUGUGACUUCCUCUUCGCCGCCCUGCCUUGCAAAACCAAGUUGGAACAUGCCCUGAGCACGGUAGUCAUUUCUCCAUCAAUGCUCUGCCACUUGUCAGAUUGUUGAAGAAGACCAGACUUACAGCAUGCUACACAUAGACUUCACACACAUUUGGGGCCGCGUUCCUAGCCCUCCCCAUCUGCCACCUUGUUUUAUUCACAAGGGACAUUACCAAUUCAUAUCUGGCUGGCGGUGUGGCUAUAGAAUUUUUUUUUUUUUAGAUAGUUUUCAGACAGUUUUGAUGAGCUCAUUAGCUGUUAUUAGGGAGAGGGGCCAUUUCAGAUCAGGAAGGAUAUUAAUCUAAUUAUUUCAACAAGUCAUCUCUGCUACAUUUUUGAGGUUUCUUAUUGUAAGCUGAGCCCUAGACCUCUGCUUCAGCAUCUUACUCUGAUGGCACAAUUGCAUCCAGUUAGCUGCAAAGCUUAUGAAACGUUGCAUUGAAGCCACUGGAGGUUUCUAUCAAUUUCGGGGCCAAAGAGCUGUGCCUUUUUCUUAGUAGGCCUUUAGUUCUUCUCUACACAACAACAAUAACAACAACAACUGAAGCCUAAGGGCUGAAUGGCCCUUCCGUCCAGACAGAACUUCUUGAGAACAUUGCAGUUAGUUGUGUGGUCCCAAUAUUCAAUCAUAGUUUGGGUUGUUUUUUCCCCCCAAGUGGGAUAUCUUAAUUUUUUUCUCUCAAUAGACAUGGAGAUCCACUACGGUUCCCUGUCAGCGGUCUACAUUAUCUUAGGCUCAGUGGAAGGUACAGCACGAGAAAUUUGAGAACCGCCAAUCAAAAAAAGCUGGAGGAAAAAUAACGCGGAAAUAAAACAAGACAAUUCGGGUUCAUCUCUGUGACCUGUCAAAGAAAUGCAGCCACUUUGCUUUUUUCUCAUUUUUCCUGAAUUUCAUUGUUGCCACCAUCCCUUCACCUUUGUCCACCUCUUGUCAGCUUUCCUUUCUUUAUGGCCCUUGCUGCAUUCCUCUCUUCCUGAUUCUCUGCACGUCUCUUGGGGGUGAGGCUCCAUAAACAUUGCAUUAAUUUACGGGAGAAGGUUAUUGUUAUUUCUUUUAUUUUCACCUCAGUUCCUCAUUUCAACGGGGCACUAGCAAAACCACUUCCACAUUCUUGCUCCAGGCGCCCUGUAUCUGGCCUCAAAAAAAAAAAAAAAAAAAAAAAUUGCAGGCUCUAAUCUUGUCACAUCCCUCUGUGUUGUGUUAUCUUCGUUGGGUCCCUGGUUCUCGUAAACCCAACUUUCACUUAGGACUGGUUUUGAGCGUUGAAGGAGUUGUGUCGGAAAGAGAUUGGAUGGGUCUAGUUGGACCAUUUUGUGUGCGUUUUGUGCGUGUGUGUGAAAAAGCACGGCUCUUUGGGCCUUUGUUUGUGCGCCCAUCUCUUUAAGGAUCACCUUAGGAAAAGUCUUCAGGACUGAGCUGGCUCUUGUUACCAGUUGCGGAGAGGAAUAUGCUUGCAGGCUAAACAAAGCAAUUCUUCCCAAGGGUUCUAGACCCUUCCUUUUGGGCACUUUAAAGAUUUUGGAAGCCAAGCAAAGAAGCCACUGACUCAGCUCCCUAACCUCCGAAAGGUGAAUUGAUAAA